AUGGGAAAGAAUUCAGAGAAGCAUAAAAAUAAAAAAAAACGUAAAAGAACAACGAGCAGUUCAAAUUCUUCGAUUUCUUCUAUAGAUGAAGAAAUCAGGAGAAAAUUAAAGAAAAAACUUAAGAAAAUAAAAAAGAAAGAAAAACGAAAAAAAAAGGAAAAAAAAGCAUUGAAAUUAUUAAAAAAUGAAGUGAAUAAAGAAUUGAUUUUGAAAAAAAAUGAGGAGGGUCCCGAUAAAUCAUUAAUUAAUGAAAUUCUACAAGAAAAAUCUAAAAGUUUGGCUCCGAUGACAAAGGAGGAAUGGGAAAAACAACAAAAUACUUUUACUAGAGUACUCGAUAAAGAAACUGGAAGAACAAGGGAGAUGACAUUAACAAUUCAUGGUUUUCCAUCUGAUGUUGCUGCUUUAAGGUUUGAGUGGGCUUGGCAACAUCCGAAACGUUCCAGAAGACUGAAAAACAUAAUUGGUAAUAAAAAAACAUCGGAAUCAUCAUUUACUUACUGUUUGAGAGUAAUGUUUACAAUGUUGACCAUUCCUCCUUGGUGUAGAUUACCGUUGACGUUGAGGUGGCUUUCUGCAGAAGUCAUGGCGAAUUUAACUCCGCCGAUGCACAUGCCGAUAGUUUCCGGACCCGUUAAAUCAAAAAAAUUAAAAUCACCGAAAAAAAAGGUACAGAGCAAAAAAGAACUCACCGAAAGCCAAAUGCUUCAUACUUGUCAAUUUAGUAGUAGUAGUAGUAGUUUUUUAUGA